UCAAUUCAUCAUCAUCAUUCAAAAAAUUCUCUUUUUUUUCUCUGAGGUGAUCAAGAGAAGAAGAGUUUGCUUAUCCAUAUUGUAGAUCGUCUUAACAGAAGAGGGAGGGUACUGGUUUGCGGAGGCAUUUUGACUUCUGCGAGCUUAGAAUCCUCUCUCCUUUGUGUAUUUAUUUGUGAAUAUAAUUCAUAGCUGUUGCUGUUGGAGGCUCCUUUCCUCAAGGGGUGCAUGUAGCAGCAUCAGUGUUUGGUGACCUUGUUUCAAUUGAUAAUUUGGAGGAAAUUUCAAGUUAAAAGAGAGAAAAAGAUAUUGACUAUUGAGACUGGAAUAAUGGGUUCUGUUUGUUGUUGUUUGAGUGUUAAUGAUUUUGAAGAUGAUAUGAAUCCAAAUAGUCCUGUAUAUAGGAACGGUGGGUGCAUCAAUUCCGUCUUACAGAACUUUUUGAAUGCGUAUGCAUCAAUAUUCCGUAGAGGGGAAAUGCAGGCAAUUCCUUCAUCUAUACAGGGGGCAGCAUCUAUGACUUCCACAGCAUCACUUGAUAAUUCUCUAUAUGACAUGUACCGCUCUCCUCCAAGGCCAAUGCCUUAUGAUGCAGACCCAAGGCAUUUCCGCUCUCAGCAUGAUAGACUAGUUUCACGACGUGAGAGGGGUUCAAGUCAUGUGAAUGAUGAGGCAGAACCUCUAAGAAGUGAUCUAGAUGAGGAUGACCAACAAUCUUUAACUUCAAGCAACGAGUGGCAUGAACGUGCCAGUGAAGAUGGAUCCAAAGAAUACCAUUCUAAGUCUUUAAUAAGGCUUUCAUCAGCAGAACCUACCACUGGAGUUGGACUUGUCUAUUCGUCCUCAGAAGAGGAGGAUUGCUGUCCAACUUGUCUUGAAGAAUAUACUGAAGAGAAUCCGAAGAUAGUGACAAAAUGCUCUCAUCAUUUUCAUCUUGGUUGCAUUUAUGAGUGGAUGGAGAGAAGUGACACCUGUCCAGUUUGUGGGAAGGUGAUGGUAUUUGAUGAAACGAUGUAAUCUUGAGUUAAAAGUUUUGUGUCGUAGAUGAAGUCAGCAACAAAGGAAAGCAAAGAUACAAAAACAAAUUAUAGACAUUGUGAAUACUUCAGA